AUGCUUUGCUCGGAAUCAGAAUUGUGGUGGCACCUCGACGAUUGUCACUGCACAAGCAAGCCCACCCCAAGAAAGCGCCAGCGUGAUUUCGGAGAUGAAGGGGAUGAACGAGCAGAAAUACCAAAUGCGGCCAAAAAGAAACGGCCUCGGGUGCAGGGACGACCAAAAAACGAGGACUUUGGUUCUAAAUUUACGAAUCUGUCAGCAAUAAAUUUUGAGCCCGGCACCAUUGACGUUAUUGAUAUGGCAGCGGCGUCUCACAGUUCUUCACCAUACUACACCACCUCAUGCAACAGCAUCUGGGACGGGUCCGAUUAUGACAGCGAUGGCCUCAGCAAUGAUACUUCGCUAUCAGACAACAUUUCUGAACCACUUUCCAACCCUGGAGAUGAAGGCCAGUCUCUAUGGGAAACUCCGUUAGAAGCCACUAGCGAUACAAACGAAGCCGCUCAUUCUGGACCCGUUUUGGCGCAUGGGUGUACUCUGCCCAGCUGCGACACUGCUCUUUGCGUACCUGAUGAGAUAAUGGAACUGAUUGAUCCUCGCCUUCGAGAUUCUCCUCCUUCGUCUGUAUCCGGCCUAUCAUCAAUCGCCAACUCGCCUGAGGGAUAUAUACUAGAAAACCACGAGAGCACAACUACACAGUCUCUUUACAGAAGUCAAGCAUUGAAAACCCAGCCAGUUGCAAUUAACGCCAAAGAAGGAGUAUGGGAGGUUGAAGCGCUGCUUGCUAAGUCGAAAGAACGCAACACGAUUUGGUAUCUUGUGAAGUGGAAAGGCUACACGGAUGAGGACAAUACAUGGCAGAAACGGAAUGACAUAAGCUCAGAUCUUGUUGAAAGCUUUGAUGAAACUUAUAAGGGAAAUUGUUUGGAGACCAAGCUUGGAAUAGCAGUCGACCCGUUAGAAAUUCGUCUCAUUACCCACGAACAGGAUCCUUAUUCUUGGCAAUAUCUGCCAGCAGCAUCACACCUGUUCCAAAAAAACCUGAGUAAUCAUUCAAUCGGAGCUUAUAUGGAGUUAUAUCGAGAAAUUGGUAGUUCGUUUGAAGCUGUAGCAAAAGAACAUAUGUUUUUAACUCGACCAGCAGCAUUUACGGACAAAAUCACACAAUUAGAAGCAGAAAAUUUGAGAUUGGUAAUUGAACUGAACAAGUGCAAGAAUACUGCUGCGAUAGAGUUAACGAAGAAGCAAGAAGCUGAAGAGGUUGCAAAACAGGCUAAGACGAUGUUACACACAGUAGACUUAGAGAACCAGUGUCUGAAAAAAGAUAAUCAGAAGUGGAUUAGUGUGGCAGAAGAUUUUUAG